AUGGAGAACAUAUGGGCCCGUCGCGCAAAUACUAACAAGCUUUCUCUGACCACUCCUAAUACGAUUCCCAACGGGCCCGAAGUCUUUUCCCAAAAUGCCUCCUCGGCCAGGCGCCAAGGAGGCAACACACCGUCGCACGUAAAACCGAACCCUUUCAACAGUACCACCCCCGGGGCCGGUGUGUCCUCACCGACCACCGCUGGGGCAUCGAGUGCAUUUGGACUGGGCUCUGGGGCAUUCGCCUCGUUCGGCUCUGCCAAGACCCCCAAGUCUAUGGGCAGUAAUCCCUUCGAUACCGCGAUGGCAUCGGCCGUUUCCAAGUCCAUCCAGCCCAAAGAAGGGCAGAAGCCUGUGGUCAAGGCGCCAAGCAUGGCCUCAAUCUCUGAGAUGAAGAGAUCGGUCGAUGGCGUCUCACAUCCAUUGAAGGAUGCGUGGUCUUUCUGGUACAGGCCACCGAUCUCCAAGGCCCACGGUUUUAUCGAGUACGAGCAGACGUUGCAUGGAAUUGCCACGAUCACUACAGGGGAGGAGUUCUGGGACAUCUACACACAUCUGAAACGACCUUCGAUGCUCCCAGUCGUUUCCGACUAUCACCUUUUCAAGAGGGACAUCCGGCCUAUCUGGGAGGAUGAGAUUAAUCGCAAGGGAGGCAAAUGGGUGGUCCGCAUGAAGAAGGGGGUGGCUGACCGUUAUUGGGAGGAUCUUUUACUGGCUCUUAUUGGCGACCAAUUUGGCGAAUCUGGCGAGGAGGUCUGCGGCGCUGUUCUGAGUGUUAGGAAUGGGGAGGAUAUCUUGAGCAUCUGGACCAAGACUGACGGCGGUCGUGUGCUCAAGAUUCGUGAGACCAUGAAGAAGAUCCUCAACUUCCCCAACAACACGCGUAUCGAUUUCAAGUCGCAUGACUCCAGCAUCCAACAACGCACAGCGAUAGACGAGCAGCGCCGCGAGAAGGCCAACCAACACCACCACGAGAAGCGACAGCCUACGAUGGGAUCAAGACAGCAUCACCAAGAGUGA